AUGUCUUCUCAACCGCCCGUCUGGUUCAUCACAGCAGCCUCGAGCGGCUUCGGCAAGUACAUAGCCCUUGAGGCUCUCUCGCGCGGUCACAAGGUCAUCGCCAGCGCACGCAUCACGUCUCAUAUCGCCGACCUAAAAGAGAACGGUGCAGUGACGGUGACUCUCGACGUGACAGCACCCCAAGCAGGCAUUGAGAGGGUUGCGAAAGAGGCCAACGAGCAGUAUGGCUACAUCAAUCAUCUGGUGAACGCAGCUGGCUACAUCCUCGUCGGUGCAAUUGAGGAAACUUCGCCCAAAGAGGACUUCGACCAGUUCAACACCAACGUCUUCGGCAUGCUAAAUGUCUCGAAAGCCUUCUUGCCUUACAUCCGUGCUACUUCUGGUCACCGCACCAUCUCGAACUUCGGCAGUAUCGGCUCAUGGCGUGGCGGUGCCGGUUUCGGGCUCUAUGUUGGCACCAAGUGGGCAUGCAGUGGCAUCUCCGAGUCAAUGCGCAGUGAGCUUGCACCGCUGGGGAUCUCUGUGACCGUUGUUGAGCCGGGAUACUUCCGCACUGGCUUCCUCAAUGCAAGUACGCGGAUCCAGAGUGAGAAGCAAAUAACGGAGUAUGACGAGACUGCCGUUGGUCAGGUCAGGGUAAGGCUCAGUCAGGUGGACAAUAAUCAGCCGGGUGAUGUUGUCAAGGGCUCAAAGGUUAUAGUGGAUAUUCUGACGAAGAGUGGCGCUUCCAAGGGAAAGGAUAUUCCGAUGCGUAUCGUUCUGGGUUCGGACUGUUCAACUGGGGUUCGUCAGAAAAUCGAGGAGACGGUCAAUCUGCUGGACGAGUGGGAUCCUAUAACUACCAAAACUGAUCACAAGUAG